AUGCUGGGUGUUCAAGUCUUUGUGUCUCCAAUGUCUCUUUCGCUCUCUGCGUCUUUUUCUCCAUCUCUCCACCUGUCGGUCUCUCCAUCCCCGGCUCUGCGUCUUUCCCUUUCCGUCGCUCUCCACGCAUCCACGACUCUGUCUCUGGUUCUCUCCGUCUCUGGGGGCCUAGCCUCGGUCCCCGCCCAGAGGCUGGCGAGGCCGGGGGCGGGCCGGGGGCGGGCCUCGCGGCGCGGCCAGGCGGGGUUAAAGGGCCCGGCCGCCGGACGGCGCGGUCAGAACCGAGGUUGCGGUGCGGGCGGAUCUGGAUCCCGGAUCGAGAGGCCGAGGCCGAGACCCGCGAGGAUCUCCUUUGGGCCGAGGAAGCUGUGGGCGACAGCCUACAGUGUGCCCACAGCUGCGGUGAGGCCCUCCUUCCCACCUCGAUUUGCCAGCUUGGCUCUGCCCUCAGAACUGCUCCUGCAGCCCCUUCUCCGAACCCCAGAAAUCUGGGAGCCAUCUGGCUUUAAUGGUGGUCCUAGAGGCAGUGGCCAGGCCCUGGUGCCCAAAGUUAGCCGGGUCAGUGUGGACAACAUUGACCCUUAUCUUCCAAAUGAGACAGGCCUCCAAGAUGAGAAGAAGGUGCUGGACAACAUGCAUCAUGUGAUCCUGGUGUGGAUUGGCCCCAUUUUGCCACUGUUGGUUCUGGUGCAUCCUGACUACAUCAAGCCCGUAGUGGGUGCCUCAGCUGCCAUUGCCCCCAAGGAUGACCUUUUCUACGGUUUCCUGAAACCUUGGCUGGGAGAUGGGCUGCUGCUUAGCAAAGGUGAGAAGUGGAGCCGGCACCGCCGCCUGCUGACCCCCGCCUUUCACUUUGACAUCCUGAAGCCCUACAUGAAGAUCUUCAACCAGUGCACUGACAUCAUGCAUGCUAAAUGGCGGCGCCUGGCGGAGGGCCCAGUGGUCUCCCUUGACAUGUUUGAGCACAUCAGCCUCAUGACCCUGGACAGUCUUCAGAAAUGUGUCUUCAGCCACAACAGCAACUGCCAGGAGAAGAUGAGCGAUUACAUCUCGGCCAUCAUCGAGCUGAGCGCACUCGUGGUCCAGCGCCAAUACCGCGUGCACCACCACAUCGACCUCAUCUACUACCUCACGGCAGACGGGCGGCGUUUCCGGCAGGCCUGUGACACCGUGCACCGCUUCACCACGGAGGUCAUCCAGGAGCGGAGGCGGGCGCUGCACCAGCAGGGGGCCGAGGCCUGGCUUAAGGGCAAACAGGGCAAGACCUUGGACUUCAUCGAUGUGCUGCUCCUGGCCAAGGAUGAAGACGGGAAAGAACUGUCAGAUGAGGACAUCCGAGCUGAGGCGGACACCUUUAUGUUUGAAGGUCAUGACACAACAUCCAGUGGCCUGUCAUGGGUGCUGUUCAACUUGGCCAAGUAUCCAGAGUACCAGGAGAAGUGCCGGGAAGAGAUCCGAGAGGUCAUGCAAGGCCGGGAGCUGGAGGAGCUGGAGUGGGACGACCUGACCCAGCUGCCUUUCACCACUAUGUGCAUCAAGGAGAGCCUACGCCAGUUCCCACCCGUGACCCUGGUCUCCCGCCGCUGCACGGAGGACAUCAAGCUUCCAGAUGGGCGCGUCAUCCCCAAAGGAAUUAUCUGCCUGGUCAGCAUCUACGGGACCCACCACAACCCCACAGUGUGGCCUGACUCCAAGGUGUACAACCCCUAUCGCUUUGACCCGGACAACCCACAGCAGCGCUCCCCACUGGCCUAUGUGCCCUUCUCUGCAGGACCCAGAAACUGCAUCGGACAGAGCUUUGCCAUGGCCGAGAUGCGCGUGGCCGUGGCGCUGACGCUGUUGCGUUUCCGCCUGAGUGUGGACCGAACGCGCAAGGUGCGGCGGAAGCCUGAGCUCAUCUUGCGCACGGAGAACGGCAUCUGGCUCAACGUGGAGCCACUGCCUCCGCGGGCCUGA